GCAGAAUCAGCCAAUCGCAGGGAGGGGCGGGCUCUGCACACGGCACGGAGUCCCCUCCCUUUCCCCGAGCUCCGCCAUUUCUCGGAAACCUCGCCUGAGGAGCGGCUCCUGCGCUGGGCCCGGCCCGGGCAUCGGACCGAGGAACCGCUGCUGCCCUGAACCGCCAAGAGCUCGGGGUGAGCGGGAGCUGCGAGCGAUGGGAGCCUGGAAGGAGUCCAGGAUGGAGCCGGGACCCACGUGGAGCCGUAGGAAGGGAUGUUUGGGAGAGGCCCCGGGGCUGUGCGGGAAAAUUCACGUCGCCAGAGCCAUUUCUGGAUCAGGAGGCCUGGAUGCCACCUGCAUCCCCUUGCUCCGCUGCUGAAUGAGCUGCACUCAGCAAGGUGUCGUGCAUGGGAAAAAGAUGAAAGUUGCUGCAGCACAUCAGAGGAGGAACAGCAUUUGUUUAAGCUGUGGUCUGCUAGGGAAUCACGAAAACGAGUCCAUUUCCCAUCCUUUCUACAUUUGGACUGGUGCAUGAUCUACUUUCUUGUAUCCUUUAUCUGUUUUAACUGCUUUUCAGUUAUCAUCUAUUUGCGGUUUGAAUAAUUUAAUUUUCCACAAAUUCCUCCUCCUUCUGUUAAUAGGUAAUUUCAUCCCAUCUCAUGGUGAAAUGUCUUGUUCUUCAUUUCCCAGUACUGGUUGGCAGGAAGGUCAGGAGCUGGAGGCAGCCAAUUGAUUGGUAUUUCAAGAACUGGAUUUUUCAUUCCCAAGGCGUUGACAGAUGGAGGAGGAAGAAAAGCCCCGGACAUCCCUGACAAGGAGGGGCUGGAAACCCAGCCCAGGGAGCUGCGAGGAGGAAAGACCCUCCCUGAGCCAGGAAGGUGGCCGGAGAUCCAGGCGGAGCUCGGAGCUGGUGGAGAAGUCUCAUGGAGGGGAGAAGCCUCACAAGUGCUUGGAAUGUGGGAAGGGUUUCAGCUGGAGCUCUGACCUGAUCCGGCACCAAAUGAUCCACACUGGGGAGAAGCCCUAUGAGUGUGGGAAAUGUGGGAAGGGAUUCAGAAACAUCUCCCACCUGAUGUGGCACCAGGUAGUUCACACUGGAGACCGGCCCUACACCUGCUUGGAAUAUGGGAAGAGCUUUGGGCAGAGCUCCACUCUGAGAAGCCACCAGCUCAUCCACACUGGGGAGAGGCCCUUCAAGUGUCCGAAGUGUGGGAAGAGGUUUCAGACCAGCUCCAAUCUUCUCCUACAUGAGCGGAUUCACACAGAGGAGAGGCCCUUCCGCUGCCCCGACUGCGGGAAGGGAUUCAAUCGCAAUGACAACCUCACUAUCCACCGACGCAUCCACACCGGGGAGAGGCCCUACGAGUGUCCUGACUGUGGGAAGAGCUUCCCACAGAGCUCUCAUUUGACCCAACACAAGAAGCCUCAUGGAUGGGAAAAGCCCCACAAGUGCUUGGAAUGUGGGAAGGGUUUCAGCUACUGGUCUGAGCUGAUCCGGCAUCAGAGGACCCACACUGGGGAACGGCCCUAUGAGUGUGGGGAAUGUGGAAAUGAAUUCAGAGACAGCUCAGACCUGAUCCGGCACCAGGUGAUCCAUACUGGGAAAAAGCCCUGCGAGUGUGGGAAAGGAGGGAAGAGCUUCAGGAACAUCUCCCACCUGUUUCAGCACCAGGUGAUCCACACAGGGGAAAGGCCCUACACCUGCUUGGAAUGUGGGAUGAGCUUUGGCUCCAUCCCCCAUGAUGACAACCUUCCUGUCCACUGGCGCAUCCACACUAGGGAGAGGCCCUACGAGUGUCCUGACUGUGGGAAGAGCUUCUCACAGAGCUCUCAUUUGACCAAACACGAACGCACUCAUGGAGGAGAGAAGCCCCACAAGUGCUUGGAAUGUGGGAAGGGUUUUAGCUGCAGCUCCAAGCUCACCCGGCACCAGAUGAUCCACACUGGAGAAAAGCCAUAUGGAUGUGGGGAAUGUGGGAAGCGAUUCAGAGACAGGUCCCUCCUGAUGCGGCAUCAGGUUGUUCACACUGGGGAAAAGCCCUACAAGUGUGGGAAAUGUGGGAAGGGAUUCAGAGACAUCUCCCACCUGAUGCAGCACCAAGUGAUCCACACUGGGGACCGGCCCUACACCUGCUUGGAGUGUGGGAAGAGCUUUGGGGACAGCUCCACACUGAGAAAACACCAGCUCAUCCAGACCGGGGAGAGGCCCUACGAGUGUUCCCUGUGUGGGAAGAGGUUUAAGACCAGCUCCAAUCUCCUCCUACAUGAGCGGAUUCACACAGAGGAGAGGCCCUUCCGCUGCUCCGACUGUGGGAAGGGCUUCAAACGCAACUCUCAUCUCAUCCUGCACCGGCACAUCCACACCGGGAAGAGGCCCUACAAGUGUCCUGAGUGUGGGAAGAGCUUCUCCUGGAGCUCAGCCUUGGCCCAACACCAACGUAGGCUCCACUAAGGGAAGCCCUGUGAGUGCCCCGAGUGUGGGAAGAGCUUCGUGCUCUGUUCCAGCUCCAUCCCCCAUGGGAGGAUCAGUGUUGGAUGAUCCCCAGUGACCCCUGUUGGGCAGAGCCCUGGUGAUCCGUGGUCCUAGUGUUUCCCUUUUAGAUGGGGGAAGGGGUUGGAGUAAUUUCUCUCCCUUUGCCUUGUCUUGCUGUGGUUUGGUUGGUAAUAAAUUCCCUCCCUGUGCCCAGGCUGGGUUUGUUGUUCCUGUUCGGUGCUCGGGGCGGGAUCUCUCCUGUUCCUUCUCAACUCCCGGGCCUCUCCUCAGCCAAUCAGACAAUGCGAUGACGAUGAUUUAGCCAAUCAGGGAGAGCAGCUCUGAUGACUCACCGGUUGCUUGGCAGACC